CUCGCAGCCCUUUCUUCUUUGUCACUCUGCUGACGACGCACAGUAGUGCUAUCGAAUGUGAGCUCGACACAUGAGCUGUUGUACGGUUGUUCGAUCACUUCCGAGAGAAGCACUCCUAGAGCCAGAAAGACACCUAGCCAAUUCCAUUUCGCAAGCGCGAUACACAACCGGCGACUCAGCGCUCAGCAAAGACAAUGAGCAAGACAACCUUCACCUUGCGGAAGCAUCCACCGCCCCGGUCACACAAGCACGGCCCGGUUCGCGAGAAGCGUGGUGGCAGCCAGUACUGCCAACAACGCCGUAACAGACUCCCGCCCUUCCUAAACAUGACGCGGCU